AUGGAGACGUAUCACGGUUACGUGCGGACGCCCGCCGACGCCAUCAAGCUGUUCGAGGCUUGCCGCCUCGGUAUCCUGCCCCGCGUGCAGCGCCGACUCUCGGAGAAGGAGCGCCAGUCCAUCCGCUCGGGGUCCGUCUUCGUCUGGGAUGAGCGCGAGGCCGGCAUGAGGAGGUGGACCGACGGCAAGUCGUGGAGCGCCAGCCGGGUGUCGGGAAGCUUCCUGACGUACCGCGAGAUGGAGGGCAAGCGCGGCGGCGGCUUCGGCACCGGCCGCAGGGGAUCCGGCAAGACGCCCGACUCGAAUCGCGGCAGCGACGAGGACCACGACGACGGCGAGCCCGAGGGCUACCGCUACAAGGCCGACGGCCUGAUGAAGCAGUCGUUCAGCAUCACCACGUCGACAGGCCAGCAUCUCCACCUCAUCUCCUACUACUCGCGCCCCCAGCCGGGACAGCCCGACCUGUCCCAGCCCACAAACGACCCUUCCCUGCGCGGCGUCGUCCCCGUCAAGGGCAUGUACCCCGAGUCCAGCAUGGGCGAGGUCAACCAGACGCCCGCCCUCACCCGCGCACCCAUGCAGAACUACAGCCUGCCUCCCCAGCCAUACCCGGGCCAGCACUACGCGCCCCAUUACGGCACCCAGCAGACCCACGCCUGGCCUCCCUCCCCGGCCGUCACGCCUCCCUACAGCCACUACACCACGGCGCCGCCCUAUGCGACUCACGGACACGCCCCGCCUCCGUCUCACCACCACCCGCUCAUGCCUCAGCCUCCGGCCGCUCCCUCGCACUACGCCCCGGCCCACCACUACGAGCCCCGCGCCUCCAUCACCCUCCCUCCCCCGCAAAAGUCGACGGCUUUCCCUCCCUACCAGGCCUCGCAGGCUUACCGUAUGCCCUCGCCGCCACGCAUCAGCGACCUGGCCCCUCCGAGGGAGUCGGUGGCGGACCCGCGCCUCAGUGCCGCCGCCCUGUCCAGGAACCCCCACGGCCCACUACCGACCCUCAACUCGGUGGCCAGCCGCCCGCAGGCUGCCGGCGCCUCCCCUCCCAGCAGCAGCCGGACUCCGACGCCUCCCCAGACUGCGUACUCUGAAAAGACGACGGCGCCGAUUCAGCCGCAGCCCGCCAGGUCCGGCCUGUCGGUCCUCCUCAACGAUUGCGGCAGCGCAGAAGGCGACAGCUCUGCUUCCGGCGCCGAUCCGUCCGCCGUGAGCGAGGACCACCGCGCACUGCGCAUGCUGGACAGGAGCGCUUUCAAGCAGGUUGUCCUGUAG